AUGGAGACUAAAGCUAUUUGGCUAAAAAUGGUCGUGUUUGAUGAUAAACGUGAUACUGGAAUCACGACUAUUGUUAACCGACCAGCUCCAGCUUGCACUGUUUCUAUCCUCUUUCUAUCUCUAACACCAAGUCACUGUCACGGUUCGACUCCCGCUGGAGGUGUCGAUAAGACCCAGACGAGACGAGGCGAGGUCGAGACUGCAGCCCACUCGAGCCGGGAUGAGAGCGACUUUUGGUAA